CUACGCCUCUUUUUCUUAUUUGUUUGCGCUAUCCGUCACUUUUCUUUCUUCAAAGCUUUCCUACUACUACUACUACUACUACUACUACUAGCAUGUCAUCUGCUGAAGAGCCUGUAAUACCAACCUCUACUGAGGCACCGGAGCCCACUCCGACAGACAACGCACCCUCAGAUGAUCCUACAACUGCAGAUGUCGAACCAGCACCCACGACAACAGAGGCGCCCAAUGACUCGACAACAUCAGAGGACCCUGCUCCUUCAGAUACGACAACUUUACCAAGUCAAGACACUACAACACCGCCGUCUGAAUCUGCUUCAACAACAACUUCUUCUCCAUCUGAGGAUACCACGUACUUACCUCCUGAUGAAAGUGCUACUACAGCAUCUCCGUCUGAAGAUCCAUCCACUGAACCACCAUUACCUUCUACUACCUCUUCGGAACCCGAUCCGACGACCACCGCCUCCGUACCUGACACCACAACUGCAUCACCCGAUCCACCGCUCUCCUCUUCUUCAGACCCUUCCAUAAGCACAACUGAGGAUCCGACAACAACCUCGACAUCCUCCGUUGAAGAUACUACAGCACCUUCUUCUGACACGUCAGAUGUACCACCGUCAGCAACAUCGUCAAUAGAUCCUACAGUAACAACUACGCCACCGCCAGAAACAACUAGUAGUACAUCAUCAGAGAUCAUCACACCCACGACCACAUCAGUAGAGCAGACGCAAACCACCUCGAAUGAACUGCCUUCCCCGACUAGCAGUAUGAUUCUCGAGCCAACACCAAGCGUAAGGCCAACCACAGUGAGCUAUAUCACAACCACGACACUUGUGCCGACUGAAACGGUCAUUGUGAGAAAUGGAGAAACGAUAACCACUACCACCUACGUUUCUGAAGUGUAUGUUAACCAAAUACUACUAUACCAUCUUUCCUCGCUUCGUUUAAAUAAUCGUCAUUAUCUACAUAGAACGGUCAUUCCUACCUUACCUGAAGUGGAUGCGAUCGACCAGGGUUCAAGCAACACAAACGUCAUAAUAGGCGCUACUAUCGGCGGGGCUGUGGCACUUGGCCUUGCAGUUGCAGGCAUUGUAUUUUUCAUGCGGCGAAAGAAAAGACGCGAGCGGAUUAACCAGCUUCAACAACAGCAACGCCGUUUGUCGUCACCCAUGAUGGAUACGGUUCAGUCCUAUGACGACGAUUUCUAUGGUGAUCCAUACCGCAUGUCAUUGAUGACAACAAGCAACAAUGGAGAGUAUGGCUGGUCAAGCAGUAGCAACAAUACCAGCAGUGCGCCUUUGUUUUCAUACGAUACAGCAGUUGAGGCCUAUCGCAGUGGUACAAGUCAUCAUCAGUCGAUCGUGACUGAUCAAGCUACUGCUGGUGCAGCUGCCACGACUACGACACGGAAGCCUAACAGUCGUGAGGAUGAUGAUUCUGCUCCUGGUGUUGAUAUGCCACGCUAUCGUGAUUAAAAUCAACCCUUCUUUCCUUGUGUGUUUGAAAGUUUGACGUAUUAGAGGGAAGCAUUUCUCUAUCACACACAUUCACACACGCGAUAACAACAAAUACCAUAUACAAGCGAGCCCAAACUUUUGUUAGCCUAAUGUAUCAUAUAAAUGGACGUGUAAUUAUAUAAAGUGAUAAGAAUAUAUUUCGC